CCCGCCCUACGGCUGACGUUAGCACGCCGGGAGGGGCGGGGUCUGGAGAAGACGCGCGCGUCGAAGAGUGUGGGCUCGCCUGUGAGCCGUGGGCCCGCAGCGCCGUUCACGAAGUCUCUGCCCCGACCCGUCUCCCGCGGCCCGAGGCCAGCCGUCGCCGCCUGCCCGCCGCCGGCCGCCCAGCCGCGCCUGCGCAGCGCCCCCGGCCCGAGCGGGCGGCGCUGGCGGCCAUGGCGCACCGCUGCCUGCGGCUGUGGGGCCGGGGCGGCUGCUGGCCCCGCGGCCUGCCACCGCUGCUCGUGCCUGGCGGCCGCAUGGGCCCCACCGAGCGGUCCUGCCUCCGCACGCUUUGUCGACAUGCUACAACCCAAGCAACAACCAGCAGAAAUUCUCUCUUGACAGAUGUAAUUGCUGCUUAUCAAAGAUUCUGUUCUCGACCUCCAAAAGGAUUUGAAAAAUACUUUCCUAAUGGAAAAAAUGGGAAAAAAGCUAGUGAAACUAAAGAAGUUGUGGGAGAAAAAAAAGAAUCAAAGCCAGCUGCUACCCCGCGCCCUUCCGGAGGAGGAGUUGGUGGCAGUGGAAAACGAGGUGGCAAGAAAGAUGAUUCUCACUGGUGGUCCAGAUUCCAGAAGGGUGAUUUUCCAUGGGAUGACAAGGAAUUCCGGAUGUACUUUCUCUGGACUGCUCUGUUUUGGGGUGGAGUCAUGUUUUACUUCCUGUUCAAGAGCUCCGGGAGAGAAAUCACUUGGAAGGACUUUGUCAAUAACUAUCUUUCCAAAGGAGUAGUAGACAGACUGGAAGUCGUCAACAAGCGUUUUGUUCGAGUGACUUUUAUACCAGGAAAAACUCCUGUUGAUGGGCAAUACGUCUGGUUUAAUAUUGGCAGUGUGGACACCUUUGAGCGGAAUCUGGAAACUUUACAGCAGGAAUUGGGCAUAGAAGGGGAGAAUCGGGUUCCUGUCGUCUACAUUGCUGAAAGUGACGGCUCGUUUCUCCUGAGCAUGUUGCCCACGGUGCUUAUCAUCGCUUUCUUACUGUACACCAUACGGAGAGGGCCCGCCGGUAUUGGCCGGACAGGCCGGGGGAUGGGUGGACUCUUCAGUGUUGGAGAAACCACUGCCAAAGUCUUGAAGGAUGAGAUAGAUGUGAAGUUCAAAGAUGUGGCUGGCUGUGAGGAGGCGAAGCUAGAAAUAAUGGAAUUUGUGAAUUUCUUGAAAAACCCAAAGCAGUAUCAAGACCUAGGAGCAAAAAUCCCAAAGGGUGCCAUUCUCACUGGUCCUCCAGGCACUGGGAAAACACUGCUAGCUAAGGCCACAGCUGGAGAAGCCAACGUCCCUUUCAUCACUGUUAGUGGAUCUGAGUUUUUGGAGAUGUUUGUUGGUGUGGGUCCAGCUAGAGUCCGAGACUUAUUUGCCCUUGCUCGGAAGAAUGCCCCUUGCAUUCUCUUCAUUGAUGAAAUAGAUGCCGUGGGAAGGAAGAGAGGAAGAGGCAACUUUGGAGGGCAGAGUGAACAGGAGAAUACACUCAAUCAGCUGCUUGUGGAGAUGGAUGGUUUUAACACAACAACAAACGUCGUCAUUUUGGCGGGCACCAAUCGACCAGAUAUUCUAGACCCGGCACUGAUGAGGCCAGGGCGUUUCGAUAGGCAGAUAUUUAUUGGACCACCGGACAUAAAAGGAAGAGCCUCUAUUUUCAAAGUUCACCUCAGACCAUUGAAGCUGGACAGUGCCCUGGAAAAGGAGAAGCUGGCAAGAAAACUCGCCUCCUUAACUCCAGGGUUUUCAGGGGCUGAUGUUGCUAAUGUCUGUAAUGAAGCGGCUCUGAUUGCUGCAAGACACCUUUCGGAUUCCAUAAAUCAGAAACACUUUGAACAAGCAAUUGAGCGGGUGAUUGGUGGCUUAGAGAAAAAAACCCAGGUUCUGCAGCCCGAGGAGAAGAAGACCGUGGCGUACCAUGAGGCAGGUCACGCGGUUGCCGGGUGGUAUCUGGAACACGCAGACCCACUCUUAAAGGUCUCCAUCAUCCCACGGGGCAAAGGACUAGGUUAUGCUCAGUAUUUACCCAAAGAGCAAUACUUAUACACCAAAGAGCAGCUCUUGGACAGGAUGUGCAUGACUCUGGGUGGCCGAGUGUCAGAGGAAAUCUUCUUUGGAAGAAUUACAACUGGUGCUCAAGAUGAUUUGCGAAAAGUAACUCAGAGUGCAUAUGCUCAAAUUGUUCAGUUUGGCAUGAACGAAAAGGUCGGGCAAAUCUCCUUUGACCUCCCACGUCAGGGUGAUAUGGUUUUAGAGAAACCUUAUAGUGAAGCUACCGCAAGACUGAUAGAUGAUGAGGUGCGAAUACUUAUUAACGAUGCUUAUAAAAGAACAGUGGCUCUUCUCACGGAAAAGAAAGCUGAUGUGGAGAAGGUUGCUCUUCUAUUAUUAGAAAAAGAAGUAUUAGAUAAGAAUGACAUGGUUGAACUUUUGGGCCCCAGACCGUUUGCAGAAAAAUCUACCUAUGAAGAAUUUGUGGAAGGCACUGGAAGCUUGGAUGAGGACACUUCGCUUCCAGAGGGCCUUAAAGACUGGAACAAAGAACGGGAAAAGGAGAAAGAGGAGCCCCGGGAUGAGAAAAUCGCCAACCAGAUCCGAGGAGGGAGGCCAUUUUAGCUUGUUGUCUUAUGGUCGAUUCUGGCUUUCUCAGAGAAAUAAGGACACUGCUAGGCUGAUCAGAACCAUCUGCUGACCCGGUUGAAAUGGUGGGAAGAGGAGUCCUUAGUCCUCAGCCUCUGAAGUCAUAGCCAGGGUGGCAGGGUGACUUUCUGAAGGCCCAGAAUGUGUCCGCGAGCCUGUCAGGCCCUCAACAGUGGCUGGGAGCGUGGAGACGGCACCCUGGCGCUGCUCCCUCCCCCCUUGGGUGGUGCCAGCCGCUGUGUUGGGGAUCCACCAUCGUGGAGUCUUGCCAGUGUGGGAGAGGGUGUAUUUUUCUCUUGCCGUCACCCACUCUUCAUUCCUGUUUCCCUUCAGUUUCCCUCUGUGGAUGAGCUGUGAAAUUACAUUGGAGUCCUGAUAAGAAUAUUUUAAUUUGACUUAAUACUUUAAAGAUUGAAUGCAGAUCUCACGUUGCUGUUUUAAUGGAAUGGUUUUCUACAGAGAGCUGUAACAUAUCUACAAAUAUGAAUGUAUUAUGUAAAUAUGGCUUCUUUACAUCAAAAAUAAAGCAUACUGUACUUUUUCUUCGGAACUCAA